CUGGGUGACAAGGAACUGAAAUCAAAAGCGUGCUGUUUUCUAGGCUGGUCGGAUUCUGAACUUGAAAAAUAUGAACAAAGCAAAGAAUUCAGCAAAGAAUCACCACGUGUCGCCAAGAAGGAGGAGGGUAAAACCCUGCAGGCAGAAGCAAGCGGUUGUUCAGGUAAGCCUGAAAACUUCAGAAAGGUUUCACGGCUAUCCGAAGACGAAAUAGCCGAAGUUUUAACGAAAACCGAACGGAAAGGAUUUAAGCUUCAUUCUAGCAGAUACCCUAUAGCUUUCAUAUUGCAGUUGUCAACCCGUCGAUUGGUAUUUAUGUGUAUUCUUGCAAUGUUUUUCAGGUAGUAGUGCGGCUAUUUUGUCUUUCGCACAACGUGUGAAAUCUUAGUUUUUUUGUUAAUUUCUGCCCCGUCCACGAAACACAAUUUACUUCAGUGCAAUGAUAGAAAUGUGAUGAUGAAUUUUUAAACCUUCUGAAUAUAUGAGAAAGAUGACUUUUCAGCCAGUGACACAGGCGGCUCGGAAGGAAAAAUCCGUGUACUCCCAAAAGGAGUUGAACCUGUCGAGUGCUCCACCACCAAGCUACAGGAAACUGGUAGGCGCUAAGGCUUCAAAACUAGGUUCCGUAUAGGAGAUAUAACCUUUUACAAACAUUGUUUUGUUAUAUAAUUCAAAUGUGUAACGAGUAAAACAUAAGAAUCAUUUGUUACAAGAACCAAUGAGCUUCUGAUUGGCACAUUAAUAUCGGUAGGUGACGUCAGCGUGAGUAUCGUCAUGAUUAGUGGCCUAAACGCCCACCUGUCUCCUGUAGGUUAGUGGUGGAGUAUCUGAACUGGUUCGACUUCUAUUGGAAGUGUUCAAAUUUUUCCUUCCGAGUCUACUGUGUUACCUGACUGAAAAAUCAUGUUCUCAUAACUUACUUAGUUCUAAGAAGACCAGGUAUUCUAAGCAUCGUCCUCUUCUCUUUUGUAUUUCCUAAAAACCUCUCCUAGCCUCCGCCGCAGACGAAACUAAACUAUAUACCCUUUGACUGAGCCUUGUAGUGGAGCAUGUUUUUUUUUACUUAAGACUUAGUAAAAAAUUGUGUGGAAGGCGGGGGCUGUAUGUCUCCUUUUCAAUCGCUGGUUUACAUCCGGGAUCUUGAAUAAAUCGACUGUCAGUGAGUCCAGAAAAGUUCCAUGUGACGAUUUAUGUUGAGAAAGCGAGAGUUUUACGGAGUAAUUUGACGAUGUUUCGCCCGUGUUAAGUGUGGAAGUAUUAUGAGUGGUUUUCGGAAGUGCUGUGAUUGCCUCGAAACUCAUUUAUUGUGAGAUUUACCGAAAGUGUUGACAGAGAAAUCUCAGGUAUGUGCGGUUGAGCUCGUGUUACCAGAAUACUUUGUGCCAAGCAUAAAAACGCUUCGUGAGUGUUAAGUUUAGGUGAUUUUCUCUCAGAAAGCCUAUUCUGUGCUAAAAGAUUGUGGAUUCUUAAUCUGUUUUCGGCCGACACUGAGCUGUGGUCCUCACGGUUUGACUGACUAAAAGAUUACAGUUUCUGGACGUUUCAAAUGUUGUUUAUUUCAUCGCAAAAUCGUGUUAUUUCUGCAAGAGAACUUUACCGUCUAUUGCCAGCAAUAAUGCUGCCAUUGUUUAGCUUCAGCUAGUGACUUUUGACUGCUUCCCAUUCCACUUAGAUGUCAAAUAGUUAAAAUGCACUUGAAAUUUCUUUAGCCACGUUUUAACAAAUCCAGACAGCGAUAUAUAUAACCUAUCAGAAGCAUCUUUUAGAAAACACUCUCUUCACAACUCAAUAAAUACAGUAUUAGCAAGGAAUUGAAGGAAAGGAAGAAGCAAGCAAAAGCAUGCGAUUUUCUAGUCAUGUCAUGUUAUGAAGAAAGAGACUAUGAACAAAGCAAAACAUACUGCAAGGAAUUGUUAACAUUAGAAAGGAACUAGGUGAUAAGGAACUGAAAGCAAAAGCCGCAAUUUCUAGCCCGGCUGAAUUCAGAACUUGAAAAAUUUGAACAAAACAAACAAUCCAGCGAAAAAUCACUGAGUAUUGCCAAGGGGGUCAAGGAGAACUAGACUACGAGUAGACCCCAUUUUUCCUCAGGGAUAGUAGAGCGAGCGAAACGCGAGCGCGCGUGAAAAUCACCCCACGCGAGAAAAAAAGACACGCGGCGGGGAGAGAGAAAAAUGUACAGACAAACCCCAAGCUUUUGAACUAAUGCGUUGCUCUCACAACGCAAAACUCUGAUUGGCUCUUCCAUAGAAAUCUGUCAACAUCUGUCAAAAACGCGCCAGCCGCUAUCAACACUUGACAUAAUCACAAUUUGCAGAACAAAUAACUAGAGCAGAACAAAUAACAGCACAGAACAAAUAACUACAGUUGCUCUUGUAGCAGCAACUAAGAAGAAAGCCAACCCGGCAACUGAUGAGGUUCGCGUGGAGAACCGAAACCAUGGUCUUGCCUGAUCACAAAGUGGGAAUAACAGAACCGUGGCAAGGCUGUUACAAAUGUAAGCUUUUUCAAAAGUUAUCAGUAAGGGAGGAACUACGCACUCCAGUCGAAAGACUCACAUUAUCUCCAAAAGAAAAACAAGCGGUAGUUAAAAUUCAUGACCAGUCAUGACUAAGUCACAUCGCAGUUCUCCAUAGUUGAUUUAGUUUUAGUUUAAGCUGCAAUCCAUUCUUCGAGAUUUGGAUAUCACUAUCCGUCGUGCUAAAAACGCUAACGAGCUGGGACCAGCGUGACGAAACAUUGCAGGAAACUGUCACAUUCACGGCCAAAAAGAAAAUCGCUUAAAAUUAUUGAGAUCCAGGAGGCAAUCGCCGGAGAAAUUAAACAACCCAAAACCCUUAUCUAGCUGCAUUGAAGAGCUUUACUUUUCAAAAGAGGUUAAAGAAAAUGAUCUUGCAUCAGAGGGCAAAUCAUGCCGGCCAUAAACAAUAACCGCAGAAAAUUAUUAUGCGUGUGACGACCUUUCAGUAUGACUAAGCGGCAAAAAUCACAUUUGCUCAGUCAAAACGUUUCCUCCAGAGCAUAAUCUACCCGUCGGGGAAAAAAAUUUCUUGGAACCAGCAGCAUUUUAGCAUGAGUAAAAAUCGUGCGUUGCCUACACAAUCAAGUUCUUCACGCGAAACAGCCGUGAAGAAAAUGAGUCUAUCUUUUUGUCGAGGGUCGAGGGUUGAGGGUUCCAUGUCGUCGGCGAGGGUACCAUGUCGAGGGUAACAUUUUUUUUUCCCAAUUUUUUUUUUUGGAAAAGGUAAUAAUCGAUGCAAUCAAUGUCAUUAAAACAAAUAAGAAGAAUUUAAAAAACAAAUGGCGCGUGAACACCUUCUAGUUGUUCGGUGGUGGGGGGGAAGUGGUUGGAAUAGAGAAAAGCUCCGGGACAUCCCAAUUUGUUUUCGAACAGAACAGAACAGGACACGUUACUUGAAACACUGCUUUUAAAAAAAAAUGUUGUAAACAAAAUUUAAAAUGUCGUAAACAAGAAUGAGUGCGUUGAAUUAUGAAUUUCUGGUCCAACCAACAAGAAUGGAAGGAAAAAACUCUUAUUGCGUUGUAAAAUAUAACAUAACGUUGGUAAUUAAGAGCGACUGUCUGUAAAUAUCGACCAAAAUUGUCUUUUUAUGGCACAAGUUCAAAAUUCGAAUUUCGCUCAUUUUUGGCUCAUCGAUAACCCUUAAUGAGUAAUGAAACAUGCUGUAGUUAGUUUUCCCAAAUAACGUAUUCUUUUGUUAAAAUUCGAGAAAACUCAUUUUGCCCGUUCGGAGCUCAAAAUCCACUUCCGGUAAAACGAAAUUUUACACAAAUUUCAGUAAAAGAAAUAAGCGUUGACAGGCCAAACACGAUUCAUAAGCUCGUGAUAAUGUGAAACGUGAUCUUGAGAGUCUGCUUGAACAGUGGUUCUCUUUCUUUUUUCUCUCGCGCGAAGGUUACUAGCACUACACAGUGCAAGACGUAUAGCAUUCUAAACUUUGACUGAGUAAAUCUUGUUUUUGUCGCACUAAGUCUUAUACUGAGGUCAUGAAGCAGGUUUUUUACAUGCAUACUGAGUAAUCAUUUCCUGUGGUUUAUGCAGCUUCUGUACUAGGUGUCCCUGACAGGAUUUGAUUUCAGAUGCAGUUGUUAAGUGUUUUAUAUCCUUUGACCUCUGUUUAUUACGGCUGAAUAAAGAUUUUAGUUUUUUUGGUUUUCUCCGAAAUGACUGUAUCUGAAUAAAUACAUGCAUGCAUGCAAGUUUCUUUGUCCCUGAAUGUGAUUUUUUCCUGCCAUGUCAGUAUGACUCUGGGCCCAGCUCUAUAGUAUAGUGUGGUUUGCAGGAUUUUGAAUUUCCACGGAUAGUGCGAUCUUCAGAUUUGAGUUGUACACUGUAGCUUAAAAACUAAAGCUACACCAAGUUUGGAGAAAUAUGCCGUGCGUCAGUCAAGAUAAUUCUCUUAGCGCUCACACAGUCCAUUUAGUUUUUCUUAUCAUAAGUGAGUCUUUGAACUAGAGCGCGAUGUCUUGUUGUUCCUUCGUAGGUAUUUACUUAAGUUUUUGCUUAACAGUCGUCUGUGCGACUGCUAUGAAUUCUUAAGGAAGACUGCAGUUUCGGAACUAUAGCGUCCCUCGUCAGUUGCUACGAAUUGUCGUGCUUUCGAUGAAGUAGAAACUCGCCAUGAAAUUUUGAAAUAAAAGUCAUCGAUAAUCACCGACACCGGAAAUCGUGACCCACAAUCUUGGACAAAAUAAAAUGGAACAGCAAACCCCCAUCCCCCCCAAAUCAAGGAUGAAGGCGCGCGAAGGGCAAAAACGCGCCAUUUUCCCAUCCUUGAUUCGGGGGGGGGGGGUCUAGGUUUGCCAUUUAUUAUGUCCAAGAUUGUAGGUACGUAGGUGCGUAGCUAGAGUGAUAAUUUAGAUGGUUGAUGCUAUCGCCCGAGUCGCGCCGCAAUAAUGAACUCCUUUAAUUACCAACGUUAUGUUCUGCAGCUUAAAAAGUGUAUCACUGCAGAAAUUUGAAACACCCUGAAACACAAAAGGAACGCAAAACCAACAAUAGGAAGUCAUGUGGCGAAACUAAUUUUGUACACAUCUUUAUCCCUAGUGUGCAUUUCAAACAGAAAUCAGAGGUGUCUGCGCAAAAACUUUCUUCACGACGGCUUCAGCGAUUAUUUCCUAUUUUGCACGAAAAGGGGAGCUUUUAUUCACGAACAGCGAUCAGAUCGAAGAAGACCGAUUAUGCGAACUUUCAAAAAAAGAAAAAAAGAGUGUACACUAUAUGAAUAUUUAAAGGAAAAAAAAAAUUCCGCAAAAGACAGACUAGGAAUACACUGUCCAGUUUCUUGCAUGAUGUUAAAAGUAGUAAAUUUACAUCAGAAACCACAGAAAAAUAGAUCACAGAGAAAGCUUGAAUUGAAAUACCAGGGAAAAUAUCCUCAAAACAGAACCAAAAAUCACUCCACAAACCCAAUGCCAUUUUUUCUUGCCCGACCGACCGAAAAAUUGUACAGGAAUGACCUUGUGUGACAUUGUAACAUUUCAAACAGUUAAACAGAAUUCGCAACACAGUCGAUUUUUUUUCGGGAAUAAAAAACUUGUAUUCACGGUUCAAGAUAAACGGCAUUAUCGCAGUACUCCUUUUUUUCCUAUUCAUGUCCAACUUGGCAAAACAACAGAUCUUUAGUAGAAAUGUGUCAAGUGUAAAACAAUUUUAAAAUUGGAUCAAUGGGAGACAUGGACCUACGUCUGGUUUUUUUCCUAUUCACGUCAACCACGUCCACGUUCACAAAUAAAUAUGACUGAUUGUGGCCUAGAAAGAUAUAUUGUAUUUUAAUGGGAAAGCGUCAGCAAAUGCCGAUGUUCACCUCACCGAAAGUCGCUACCAGGCCUUAUUCUAUUUUAAACCUCUACGUUAGUGGGUGGCGAUUUCCAUGCGAGUUCGCGCAUUUUAAUAGCUCUGCAAAAAGAUAGACUCCAACGAUUGCAUUGUUUUUUAAAUUCUUCUUAUUUGUUUUAAUGACAUUGAUUGCAUCGAUUAUUACCUUUUCCAAAAAAAAAAAAAAAAAAAAAAAAAAAAAUUGGAAAAAAAAUGUUACCCUCGACCCUCGACAUGGUACCCUCGCCCUCGACAUGGAACCCUCGACCCUCGACCCUCGACGCUCGACAAAAAGAUAGACUCGGUUUUCUUUUGCUUGCAAUAAAUAUCCCCCGCAGUUUACCGAUGACAAGAGCACUUCACACUCCAAAAUCAGUCGGCCGUGAAGGGUCAAAAGCUUGGGCUUUGUCUGUAGUCGCUCAUUUUUCUCUCUACCCGCCGCGUGUCGCCUAUUCUCGCGUGGGGUGAUUUUCACGCGCGCUCGCGUUUCGCUCGCUCUACUAUCCCUGAGGAAAAAUGGGGGACUACUCGUAGUCUGAGGAGAACAACCUGGAAGCAGAAGCAGGCCGUGGUACAGGUAAGAAUAUAUUUGAGAAAUUAGUUUUAUAUCCGCUUAUAAACGGUCGAGGUACAAAGUGACAACCUCGUCCCCAGGGCUUUUCCCUUAAAAAAGGGUGGGGCGGGAAAAGGCCCUGGCAUCGGCUGGUCACGUACACAGCCCAGUACACAGCCUAAAUAUUCCUGAGAAGCUAAUUUAUAUGCAACCCGCUGGUUUUGCGCUGACAGAAGUCGAACGGACAACAAUGGAAAAUAAUAAUAUUGCGAACUGUAUGUCGGCUGUAUGUCAAUAUUUUCGCGUGUGUGCGAUUCAGAAGCUUAAGAUCCAUUUAAUUGCGUACUAUUCAAAUGUUACAAGUUUAUGAAAGGGCGUACCGGCUCUACGUUGUCACGUACAAAAUAUGUCAAAUGCUUCAGAGUUGAGACAAGCUGUUAUCGAGUAGUACUUCGACUGAAAUUCAUCGUGACUGUGGAAUUACUGUACGAUCAAGCGGAAAGUGAUUUUGUCCAAUGUCAAACAAAAAUGCGGGCCUUUGCCUCCAGGAUCUGCAGUGAAUUUAAACAAAUUGAACUUAAUUGAAAUAGAAUUGUUCAUCAAAAUGCUUUAUGGAGUCUGGUCUUCUCUACAACCCGACCAUGAAACAAACAAAUCUCCGCGCCGGAUGCAAGUCAGCCCUCCAGCCAGGAACGAUGACAGGUCGCCGAUCUGAAACAUUUGAAGAUCUCUUAUAUCUUUUCUCUUCCGAGGAUAAGUACAAAGGAUUUUCCUUAUAUUAAAGUGAAGAUUGACCGAUCGAUUGGAAUCAACUACAGCUCUGUCAAUUUUAAAUCAAAUGGACCCAAGUCUUUCUUUGUUACCAGUCGCUUGAUCGCAGAGGUCAAUGAACGUUUUAAAAAUACAGGUCAUACAAGAUAAGUCUAAACCAACGCGUGUCGCCAUGAUAUGCCUGAGAGAAUAGAACUAGGUUGUGUACGGCGGUCCACUUCACAAGAAAUAAAAUAAAAUAUCAAAAGAGUCGCGAAAACGGACUUUUCCAGUACAAGUUUAUGCAUAGCUUCUUUGUCAUUUAUAUCGCUCUAUAAGCAGAAGUUUUACAAAUGUU